AUGCAACGCACGACGCAGGCCGCAAUAGCUACCAUGCUGUUGGUCGCUACACAGAAAGUGUGGGCUGAGGUCAAUAUGAUUCCGAGGGAAACCUCAUCAUCGAUACCAACGACGCCAGAAUGCGCGACGCCUUGUCUCCUCGAAGUGUUCCAAGGUGGUGGAUGCGAGAUCGACAGGUUGGCCGACUGCGUGUGUACCAACAAUACCCUCCAAGCCCACGUCUCCGCAUGUGUACAGAUGUCUUGCGAAUUUAAUGACCAAGUCGGUGAGCAUUGCCGGGCUACCGAAAUUGCCGGUUUCCAGUCUAAUGUUUGA